UAUAAUUUUUUUGAUCUGACAAAAAAUAUAAACUUUUUAAACUCUCCUAUCGGGAACCAUUGACACCUCCCAAACACCGUCCUUCCUGGUGUGGGUGUGGACACAGAUGACUACACAAAUAAUGGUUGAAAAGCUACACUGCUCUGUGUGUUGAGAAGAGUUUCUUAUUGACACGGUUUCAUACUCCUCGACUGGUCGCAGAUCGUAGCUGGCAUGCUGUGUCGGGAUGGGAAAUCUGUUUGGAAAAAAGAAACAGUCCCGAGUGACAGAACAAGACAAAGCCAUCCUGCAACUGAAGCAGCAGAGAGAUAAACUGAGGCAGUAUCAGAAGAAGAUCAGCCUGCAGCUGGAGAAGGAGAGACUUCUGGCCAAACAGCUGCUGAAGGACGGCAAGAAAGAGAAGGCCCUCCUCCUGCUGAAGAAGAAGCGCUACCAGGACCAGCUCCUGGACAAGACGGAGAACCAGAUCAGCAACCUGGAGCGGAUGGUUCAGGAUCUGGAGUUUGCUCAGAUUGAGAAGAAAGUCAUCGACGGGCUGAAAGUUGGGAAUGAAUGUCUGAAGAAAAUGCAUGAGGUGAUGUCCAUUGAAGAGGUGGAGCGGAUCAUGGAUGAAACCCAGGACUCCAUCGAGUACCAGAGGCAAAUCGAUGACAUGCUGGCCGGCUCCUUGUCACAAGAGGAUGAAGAUGCUGUUCUGGCUGAGCUGGAGGCCAUCACUCAGGGAGACGUUGAGCUUCCAGAGGUUCCUUCGGAUGAGCUGCCUGAGGUCCCCGAAGCUGCCGAGGAGAAGCCAGAGAGGGAGCGUUCCAGGAAGAAGCCGGAGCGAGAGAUGCUCGCUGCGUAGCAACGCGCCUGACCUCCCUCACAAAGCAACAAACAUUUAGCCUCCAAGGCCUGCCUAAGAGCCGCGGCAGGGCUUCCUUCAUCCCACCCGGCGGCGGGUUGUUAUCAUCUGCUGCGGCUCGGUUCCCGAAGGCCGGACCGGUUCACCGAAGCACCCCUUAGAACCACGAAGACCUGUGAGAUCAGAUAAUUGUGCCUAACCUUUGUUUAAUAUUACUGCUCAGUGUUUACCAUAAAAUCAUUUUAUACGCAUACAUGCAUGUAUACUGUGUGUAUCUGAGUCAGAUUCAUCAGUCUUUGUAAAUGAAGCACUAACGGGACAGUUCACCCAGCGACUGGUUUGUCUUUUCGUUUUGAUCCGUUUGUGGCGUUAACAGCAAACACAGCCGAGUUCUUCAUCAGCAGCCUUUAUGAGCUCAACCUGCUUCAUAUCUGCACAUUUUUCUUAAAAACAAACACGCAUCCGUGUGGCGGCGUAUUCUCCCAGUCUGAUCCCUUUUCAAGCAGCUUAGCUAAUCUAAUUUGCUGCUUCCCCUUGUGGAUUAGUUCAGUGUCAUUGGAGAAAGGGGUAAUCAUAUCGUGUGUGGGCUUACCUCCGACGCCCAGACUACAGUUUGUAAUCUCCUCAAGGUGAUAACUUGACAGAACCUGGAUCUGUACCCGCUACGCUCACCAAGGCGGUAAUUAUUUAACUGCGCAGAGAUUUGCUUGUGUGUGGAUCUGCUGCAGGAAUGGUGGCCUACAUCCAUACGGCUUAAGCUUGUGCAUCUUGAAGACUCAUAGAAUUAAUAUGUGAAUCAUUUAAGCCUCAAAAACUGAUGAGUAAAUCUGUCAGUCUCCCUUUUUACAAAUAAAGUGUUUUUUAUUGUC